UUCCAACCGAAAUACCAACAACUUUAAGAUGUGGGUAUUUCGGGUGAGCCACAAUUUUUAAAUAUAGUAGAAAAUCAUCCUACACAUGGAAGAUUAAACUGGAAGACGACAGAGCACGUAUAUGUAGUAAGAUUAAUUUAUACUUAUUUUUUAGGUCUGGUUCUCAACAAUUCCGCCAACCAACCGGUUCCAUCCUAUGGAUGGCGCCGGAGGUUAUUAGGAUGCAAGAAGAUAAUCCGUACAGUUUCCAAUCUGAUGUUUACGCAUUUGGUAUUGUGAUGUUCGAGAAGUUAGCGGGACAGUUGCCUUAUUCUCACAUUAACAACAAGGAUCAGAUUCUAUUUAUGGUCGGCAGAGGGUAUCUAAAACCUGACCUUACUAAACUUAGGUCGGACACAUCAAAGGCUCUCAGACGGUUGACAGAAGACUGCAUCAAGUUCAAACGAGAAGAACGGCCGUUGUUCCGUCAAAUUCACGCCACCCUCGAAGGAUUACUAAGCAAUCAUCCAAAAAUCAGCAGAUCCACUUCGGAACCGAACAUGAACAGGACUCACCUUCAAUCGGACGACUUCAUUUACACUUGCUCGAGUCCCAAAACUCCCGUACAUUACGGACCGGGAAGUUUUCUCUUUUACCCAAGUAAUUCUGGUAACAUUUGAGUUUUUAGAUAUGAUGUUGUCUAUUCUCUUAUGUGAGUGAUAAAUGUUGAAGAGUUUUACUUCAGUGCUCUACGUCCUAAUUGUUUUCUAUCUAUUGUUGAGGAGAGAUUAGAAAUGGUGGAAUUAUAUGAUUUUAGCUAUUGGAAUUGAC